GCUCGCUUCAUGCUGGAGCUCCAGUGAAAGUUAGAGUCAUGUGUGAAAGAUGAUCCAGGGCUGGUGACUGAAGCAGGCAGGCAGAGAAGGACGAGAUGGCAUUAGUGUUCCUGCCAGCACUGGCUCGUAUGGCCAUAUGCGGCGGCACCCAUGGGAACGAGCUGUCCGGGUAUGUGGUGCAGGAGAUGGAGCGACAGCGGAAAGAAAAGGGAGAGGGUGUGUGGCCGAUUCCUGUAACAACUGUGCUGUCAAACCCAAGGGCUGUGAAAGAGUGCAGAAGAUACAUUGACAGGAAUAUGAACCGCUGCUUCAACAGAGACACGCUGAGCUGUCCUAUUACAGACAGCAGCCCGUAUGAAGUCUGGCGUGCUCAGGAACUGAACAAUCUGCUGGGGCUGAAAGGAUCCACCGAUGCAACAGACAUAAUCUGUGACCUUCAUAACACCACGUCCAACAUGGGCCUCACACUCAUCCAUUACACAUCCAGUGACUGGGUGACUCUGCACAUCUGCAAAUACUUACAGACUAAGAUAACCAAAGUGCCUGUGAGAGUGCUGGUACUGGAUGUCCCGAUUAGUGAUGCUUAUUCCUUGGAGUCUGUGUCCAAGCAUGGCUUUUCGUUAGAGAUCGGGCCGCAGCCGCAUGGUGUCGUCAGAGCAGAUAUCUAUAUUAUUAUGAAAGAGGCCGUUGACUUGACAAUAGACUGGAUCCACAAAUUCAACUCAGGAACAGUGUUUGAAGGUGGGGAUGUGGAAACCUUUAAGUUUAUCAAAAGUGUUGAUUAUCCAAGAGAUCCAGAGACUCGGACUCUCACUGCUGCCAUUCAUCCUCAGCUGCAGGACAAAGACUUCUGUCUUCUCAAGCGGGGAGACCCUUUAUUUUUGUCAUUUUCUGGAGAAACUGUGAACUACAAGGAAGAAGAGACACUUCAUCCUUUCUUUAUCAAUGAGGCUGCUUACUAUGAAAAGGGAAUCGCUUUUCACUUGGGAAAAAAGAUGAUGCUGACGAUUCCAACGGUGCAAGUGCAGAAAGACUGAAGGAUGAGAGAGGAAAAGAUAUUAAACUCGGCACAAUUGCCACCAUCAAUCAGUUGAUUUCACAAGAAUGUCACUGAAAUGAUUUUGACAAUCACUUGUAACUCAGGUAUACGCUAUGUACUUAUUUUUAGCUACAUGACAAUGAAUGGCUCAUUUAUCUGCUGCUAAAACACGAGCAACAGCAUUUUGGAUGAAAAGAGAUUGUGACCAGCAAAAUUUACAGGAACGUGUACAAAACUGUAUAAAAAAGGCAAAACCGUCUGAAGUAUUAACAUCAUGAUGAUGUCACAGUGGAGUGUGAGGUAUCCUCUUGACUGUAUUGCUCACAUGCUGUUGCUCUUGACUGAUUGUUUGGAGAAAAUUGAGCCUUUCUACAAAACAAAUUACACUCACUUGAAAAAAAUGUGAUCUCCAAUAUUACAACACGCAGAAUAAACCACAUGGCACAAUGAAAUCAAGUAAA